AUGCCUCCUCCAUGCACCGUGAAGGAGCUCCAGAGUUUUAUAGGAAAGGUAAAUUAUAUUCGGCGUUUCAUUCCUAGGAUGGCUCAACUCAUCGCUUCGUUCACUCCUCUACUGAAGAAGGGAACAAGUUUUAUACGGACAACCAUUCAACAAGAAGCAUUUCAUAAGAUACAUGAGAUACUAUUAUCACCUGCUAUCACGAAAUCCCCAGUGAAAGGAAGGCCACUAAUACUUUACACAGCUUCCAGUGACGUCGCUAUCGGAGCACUCCUCGCUCAAGAAGAUGAAGAAGGCAUCGAACGCCCAAUUUACUACUUCAGUCAUACGAUGAGGGAUGCUCAACUCCGAUACCCAAAAUCCGAAAGAGCGUGUCUAGCAUUGGUUCACGCAAUCCAGAAGUUCAGGCAUUAUCCACUAUCGAACAGGGUUGUGCUAGUGGCCAAAGCCGAUCACAUAAAAUUCCUAAUGUUGAAACCUGCACUAAUUGGAAGACUGGCAAAGUGGCUACUUCAUAUGUUACAGUUUGACAUAACAUGUGUUCCGCCUAAAGCAAUCAAGGGACAAGCAGUUGCAUACUUACUUGUUGCUUUCCUUGAAGAAGACAUCACAAUGCUACAUGAAGAAGUGCCCGGUGAGUUUCCGGAAAUCUCAAUCAUCCAGGAAGAAACAUGGCUAUUGUAUUUUGACGGAACCGCCACUCCGAGUAAUGAUACUGGUGGAGUAGGAGUUGUGCGUCAAGCAGGAGCAAUGCAUCUGGAGAUAAGAAGAGAUUCGAAGUUGCUGGUCAAUCAAAUGAAUGACGUGUACUCUCUCAAAAAAGUAACACUCGCUCCAUUCAGGACCGAAAUGCAAAGACUAUUAACUCAUUUCUCUGAUGCAACAAUUGUGCAUGCUGGCCGCACCAACAACAGACAUGCUGAUUGCCUAGCGACUCUUGCGUCAAAGAUGCAGUUUGAAGGGUCAGAGAAAUCCAUCAUUGUGCAAAGACGUUCUGUAUCAUCUACCUGGCUUACUCAAGUUGAAGAUGCUCAAUCAAGCGACUGGCGGGCACCCAUCAUUCAUGAAUUGAGCAGUUCUCUUACAGAAGGGAAAAUCAUCCUUAAGGAGUUAAAGAACUUUUUUCUGCUGCAUGGAGCAUUAUAUUAUCGCAAUACUGAUGGAUCCUUGUCACGAUGCCUUGGAGAUGAAGAAGCGAGUGAGCAACUCAAACGCAUACAUAAGGAAAUAUGCGGACAAACCUUGGUAGUCACACUUUACAGAAGGAUUCGAAGACUCGCGUACUAUUGGCCUUCCAUGGAGGCUCAGUCAUUAAAGUUACAAGGGUCUUGUCCCAAUUGUCAGACACCACCUCAUCAUUUGAAGGUUCUAACAAUUCACCACACUGGGGACUGGAGAGAACCUUACAUAAAAUAUCUUCGUGACAAGGAUUUACCGUUGGAGAAUAAAGGAGCGAUCAAAAUCAUCCAGAGGGCCAAACGUCUUGUCUACUUGGAAGCAUCCUCGAAGCAGCAUGAAUACAUCAUCGCAACAACGGAGUACUUCACCAAAUGGGUCUAG